CUUGGCCGCCCAGAAUGCGGCGCGAGGAGCUCGCGGGUCCUCGGCGACCGCCUGCCGAGCGCCCGUGACCGGCGGCCGGUGGGGGAGUCGGAAACCGGCCGCUCACUACGCAUGCUCGGAACCCCAUCCCCGCGACCGCAAUAGGGCGUUUCCCCGUGCCCGGGGGCAUCUGGGAGAGCAGGAGUGGAGCCCAGCCUUCGGCCGACUUCCCCAGCCACCCCGGUGAAACCGUGAGGCGGACUCCCCGCCGCGCUUCCUCUCCAAGGGGAAGCGGUCACGUCUCUGGUCUGCCUGGAUGCCGAGGACAGAAGAACGCCUACCUGGCCCGGGAACGUUGUCUGUGUCCGGCAGAUUCGGGCCCCAUUCCUGAAGCGCCGUCGGGGUUGUCGGGGGGCCUUGAGCGACUGACCCCUCCUCACUGAGCAACUGGUGCCGGAAGACGAGGAGAGGCUGCAGAGGGUCCUCGGUCAGCCAUUCCCCUCUCCACCACACCCACUCGGCCCCCAUGAAGUCGUUCCGCUGUUCGGACUGCGGCAAGAGCUUCAGGCGCUCCAACGACCUGCUGACGCACCAGCACGUCCACAGCGGCGAGCGGCCGUUCGUCUGCCCGCAGUGCGGGAAGGGCUUCACCCACCCCACCUACCUGGUGAACCACCGGCGGCUGCACACCGGCGAGCGGCCCUUCGCCUGCUCCGCCUGCGGCAAAGCCUUCGCCCAGUCCUCCGCCCUGCUCCGGCACCAGUGGGUGCACAGCGGCGAGCGGCCUUUCAGCUGCCCCGACUGCGGGCGGGGCUUCACCGACCCCUCGCACCUGCUGGACCACCGGCGCAUCCACAGCGGCGAGCGGCCCUUCUCCUGCACCGUCUGCGGCAAGGGCUUCGCGCUCUCCUCGUCCUUCCUGCGGCACCAGUCCACCCACGCCGAGGACAGGCCGUACCGCUGCGCCCUCUGCAGCCGCGGCUUCACCUGCACCUCCAGCCUGGUCACGCACCAGCGGGUGCAUACCGGCGAGCGGCCGUUCGCCUGCCCCGACUGCGGCAAGGGCUUCGCCCGCUCCUCGCACCUGCAAACGCACCGGCGCACCCACACGGCCGAGCGGCCCUUCGCCUGCUCCGAGUGCGGCAAGGGCUUCACCCUGCCGGCCAACCUGCUGCGGCACCGGCGGGUCCACACCGGCGAGCGGCCCUUCGCCUGCUCCGUCUGCGGCAAGUGCUUCGCCCAGUCCUCCAACCUGCUCCGGCACCAGCGGGUCCACAGCGGCGAGCGGCCUUUCAGCUGCCCGGUCUGCGGCAAGGGGUUCGCCCAGUCCUCACACGUGCUCAGGCACCAGCGGGUCCAUGCCGGCGCUGAAGGUCUCUAGUUGGAACUGGUUUAUUAUUGUUAAAUGUACGGUUAAAAAAAACUUUAUAUUCAACACUGUUCACACAGAUCACAUCAUUACACAGUGUAUUGAGGCGGAACAAGGUCAAACAAUAACAGAAUUGGAAUUGGUUUAAUAUUGUUGACGUGUACCGAGAUACAGUGACAAUCUUGUAUAUCGUUCACACAGAUCACAUCAUUACACAGUGUAUUGAGGCAGAACAAGGUCAAACAAUAACAGAAUUGGAAUUGGUUUAUUAUUGUUGACGUGUACCGAGAUACAGUGACGAUCUUGUCUUGUAUAUCGUUCACACAGAUCACAUCAUUACACAGUGUAUUGAGGCAGAACAAGGUCAAACAAUAAGAGAAUUGGAAUUGGUUUAAUAUUGUUGACGUGUACCGAGAUACAGUGACAAUCUUGUAUAUCAUUCACACAGAUCACAUCAUUACACAGUGUAUUGAGGCAGAACAAGGUCAAACAAUAACAGAAUUGGAAUUGGUUUAUUAUUGUUGACGUGUACCGAGAUACAGUGACAAUCUUGUAUAACGUUCACACAGAUCACAUCAUUACACAGUGUAUUGAGGUGGAACAAGGUCAAACAAUAACAGAAUUGGAAUUGGUUUAUUAUUGUGGACGUGUACUGAGAUACAGUGACAAUCUUGUAUAUCGUUCACACAGAUCACAUCAUUACACAGUGUAUUGAGGUGGAACAAGGUCAAAGAAUAACAGAAUUGGAAUUGGUUUAUUAUUGUUGACGUGUACUGAGAUACAGUGACAAUCUUGUAUAACGUUCACACAGAUCACAUCAUUACACAGUGUAUUGAGGCGGAACAAGGUCAAACAAUAACAGAAUUGGAAUUGGUUUAUUAUUGUUGACGUGUAUCGAGAUACAGUGACAAUCUUGUCUUGUAUAUCGUUCACACAGAUCACAUCAUUACACAGUGUAUUGAGGCGGAACAAGGUCAAACAGUAACAGAAUGCAGAAUAGUGUCACAGCCACAGAGAAAGAGCAGAGCAGGCAGACAAAAAGGUACAAGAUCAUAACAAGUUAGAC